AUAAAAUGUAUGUUUUCUGCUUUACAUGUCCACCAGAGCUGAUGGGAAGCCCAAAUACCUGAGGUGUCCAUCAGUCAGUGAAUGCAGCACAGACUGCCUGAACUUUCCGACACUGAAAGGUGUGUUAAUGUCAGAGCGCUGGCCGUCUCAAAGUUUUGUAGAUACCUUGUUUCAGAUGACUCCGGACAGCGUCCUCCAGCGCUCAGGUCAUAGCAAAACCAAACACCACAGAUAAACUUGUGCGCAUACUUUACAUACCUGUGGCAUAGAAUUAGUUUCGGGGAAAUAACAGUUUAAAAAGAGUAUAAAACGAGCAAGACCUCUCCAAAGCACCAGCAGUAGGAUUUCGAGAGUUUUCGGAAUGAUUUCCUCGAUUUUACUCCUGGCGACGCUGUGCGUUUUUGCGCAGUUGGACACUUUGGACGCUUUUACGCACGGCUGCCAGUUGCCCUCCGAGUGGCGGCCGCUGAGCGAGGGCUGCCGGGCGGAGCUGGCGGAGAUCAUCGUGUAUGCUCGGGUCCUGGCGAUCCACCGGGAGCCGCCGGGCUUCGGAGCUGGCAACGCGCACAACUCGCUGCCCUUCGGCUACGGCUACCUGAGCGCGGAGGAAGGGCUGCUGUACUCGGCGGAGGUGGAGCUGCUGUGCGACCAGGCCUGGGGCAGCAUGCUGGAGGUGCCGUCCGGAUCUCGGCUCAACCUGACCGGGCUGGGGUACCUGUCCUGCCAGUCCCACACCGUGAUGGAAAAUUACUCCUACUUCUUCUUCCUCAGGUGCGGCGAUUUAAGUCUCGUCUCAGAUCAGAACCACAGGAUUCUGAAUGUCCUCUCGCUCUUGUCUGUCUGGCUCCUCUUAAGGAUGGAUGAGAACUACAGCAUCCUGCCUCAUGGUGUGAACUUCCAGGAUGCGGUCUUCCCCGACACCGCGGAGAACAGGCGCACCUUCUCCAGCCUUUUCCAGUUUUCCAACUGCAGUCAAGGGAGCCGACCGUUCCACACCUUCAGCCCAGAGUGGGACACCCAGGAGGACAGCAGGCUGCUGUGCUCCUCGGUGCAGCUGGCCCUGUUCGAGGAGGAGGAGCGCGGCCGGAGGCUGCAGGAGCGCCUGGCCUCGGCCGAGAGGAGGAACCGGCAGCUGAAGGAGCGCGUUGGCAAGGUGAAGCGCUCCCUGAGAAACGCCCGCAAGGCCGCACGCAAGGCGGAGCAGGAGGCACGGGAGCUGCAGGAGAAACUGAGGGCAGCCGAGAGGCGGGCGGGGCGUCACCUCAAUGCAGUGACGCAGGAGGAGCCGUCACUUGGGGCCUUCACAGGUGCAGCGAUACGGGAGAGGAUGCAGCUUUGAUUUUUAAAAAAAAAUUUUAUUAUCUUCUAAAUGGACCUAAAACUUGCUGUGGAGAUGGAGAGACUGCUGGACAGUCUUUCUGCCAGGGACAAAUACCUUUUCUGAAUGAAUUACUCCAAAUGUUAAAGUAUUCGUCCAGAUAAUUUUCUUGUAAAUAAACUUCAAACUUCACAUGACUCAAAUCUAGUCAAAGUUUAUUUUCGCAGCUUCUCCUCUGUGAGCAUAGAGGAUGUGCUUCCUGAUGCCCAACAACAAUUCUUAUCUUGAUCAAUCCUUUGGCUAUGAUCACGACUCACAAAUAUAAAAAAUGCUUCUUUUCA